GGCCCGGUGACCAUACACUGAAAGUGAUAUAUUUGUCUACAACAAAAUGUCUCCGUCACUGUGAGCUGCGCACCUGACAAGCUGUUCUUAAGAUUGGUCACUGUAUUACACUGCAAGAAACAUUUUUUUGUGGUGGGGGCCAGAGUUACUGCGAACAGCCAGAGUGUCUCUCAUUCUCCGGGAAAAUGGCCGCUGCCGCCAGUAACUGUGGCAGACAGGAGCUGGGAGAGAGUGACAGCGGGGCGCGGUGUCAGUAACAGUAUGGAGAAGAUAAGAAGCCGGGCAAUGGCCUCCUUUAGGAGACCGAGCUCAUCACCGGGCUCCGUGCAGCUGCGGAAGAGAAAGUCCAAACUGUACAGCAAGGAGAGCGGCGGGGAAGCGGGAGGAGGUCUCUUUGGAGAAAACAUUUACCUUGUUUUGCUGACAAUUUGUUUUCGUGUUGUUAACUGCAUCUUGGUACAAACCAGCUUUGUUCCAGAUGAAUACUGGCAGUCACUUGAAGUUGCACAUAAUAUGACUUUUAAUUAUGGCUAUUUAACGUGGGAGUGGAAUGAAGGAUUGAGGGGCUUCGCAUACCCACUGCUUUUUGCUAGUGUUUAUAAAGUAUUAUAUUGGAUUGGCCAGGAUGAUGUUUUCUUCUUGAUCUGGAUUCCUAGACUGAUCCAGGCUGUGUUCUCUAGCCUAGCCGACGUAAAAUUAUACAGCCUUCUGAGGCGCAUGGAAAAUGGAGAUGUGGCAAAGUGGGUAUACUUCUGUCAGCUGUGCUCCUGGUUUACAUGGUACUGCUCCACAAGAACUCUUACAAACACAAUGGAAACCAUACUUGGUACUCUGGCCUUGUACUAUUACCCCCUGGAAGGUUCACACACAAAGAACAGUGUCAGGUAUAUCUUGUUUGUUGCACUGGCAUUCCUUGUCCGACCAACUGCGAUUAUACUUUGGAUUCCUCUGCUUUUCUAUCAUUUUUUCAAAGAGCAGAAGAAGUUUGAUUUGAUCGUACAACAAUGUAUCCCUGUUGGACUGUUUACCUUUGGGACCUCAUUAAUAAUUGACCGGGUGUUUUUUGGUAAGUGGACUUUUGUUCAGUGGAACUUUUUGAAGUUUAAUGUGCUGAAAAAUAUUGGCUCAUUCUAUGGCUCUCACCCUUGGCACUGGUACAUCACUCAGGGAUUUCCUGUCAUCAUUGGCACUCAACUGCCAUUCUUUUUACACGGCUGUAUAGUAGCGCCAAGAAGAUACAGAGUUCUACUAGCAGCUGUGAUUUGGACUGUGCUAAUAUAUAGCACUCUGAGCCAUAAAGAGUUUCGCUUUAUCUACCCGGUGCUGCCACUCUGCAUGGUGUUCUGUGGAUUUUCGUUCUCACAUAUAAAACGUUGGAAGAAACCAGCUGUUGGCUUUUUGGUUUUAUCAAAUCUAGUUCCUGCCCUCUAUACUGGGUUAGUCCAUCAAAGAGGAGCACUUGACUUAAUGUCCAGAAUUCAACAUUUAUGCAAAGUGGAGAAUCCCUCCCUAUUAGUUCUGAUGCCUUGUCACUCCAUCCCCCACUACAGCCACGUUCAUUGCCAUAUAAAGAUGGAUUUCCUUGAGUGCCCUCCAGAUCUUGACGACCAUGACACAUAUGUAGACGAAGCCGAGCUGUUUUAUGUGAGCCCUUCAGCCUGGCUCAAUGCAGAAUUUUACAAUACAUCUUGGCUGCCUACACACUUGGUAAUGUUUGACGUUCUAGAAAAGGAAAUCAGUUCAUUUCUAGCAAUAAACAGUUAUGUGAGGACAGCAUCCAUAUUCCAUUCUCAUCUGCCAGCGGGUCGAACUGGAAGCCAGAUAUACAUGUAUGAACGGAAACCAAAGUGAAGGUCUUCGUCUUUUGCACUACUAGAUAUAACCAUUUAAUGACUUUAUGGGCCUGUGAAUAUCCACCCGGAGAAGAUGUGAAGAGAAGACUCAGUGGCUACAGUGCAAGUGCCAAAGUUAUGACAAUAAAACGGACAGCCAUUCCUCCAAAGUUAUGUAAAU